CAAAACGAAUCGAAGGUGGCUGCGACAGGGAAAAUUGCACAGUUUUUCUGCAAAAGGAAAGUUUUAGCCAGUUUUUUCCGGCCUGCAUUUCCAUUAAAAUCACCUUGCUAAGUUAAUUAAGCAGUACGAACGUAUCGUCAGCCACAGGCAACAGUACAAUUUCCAUAAGCACAAGAAAAUGUCGCAAGAGGUAGAAGAAACACUAAAACGAAUUCAAUCGCACAAAGGCGUUGUAGGAACGAUUGUGGUCAACAAUGAAGGAAUUCCUGUGAAAAGCACCCUCGACAAUACGUCCACCGUGCAGUACGCCGGGUUGAUGAGUCAGCUAUCCGAUAAAGCCCGGUCGGUGGUGCGUGAUCUGGAUCCCUCGAACGAUUUGUCCUUCCUACGGGUGCGAUCCAAAAAGCAUGAAAUAAUGGUGGCUCCCGAUAAGGACUUUUUGCUGAUCGUCAUACAAAAUCCAACGGACUGAACAGGUGGCCGCCACACAGCGGUGAUAGGACGGGUGAAGUUUCUUCGUUUUUCGCUUUUCUAUUAUAUUCUCGAUUUUACCGGCAGCAACCUUUAAACCCCGUCAAAUGGAACCUUAUGCGCUAACGUACAAGAGGCAAUUUAAUUGUAGAGAAGUUUAAUACAAAAUUCAUACAUUGAUUUGUGCUAUUUGCUUAUCAGUUACGUACCAUUUCCAAUCUAAUUGAUAAUGUCGAUCGGUAUGAGUAAAAAGUAUCGCUAAAAUAAUAAUACACAUGUGAGGGUUUGCAAA